AUGUUUCUUUCCCUUUUUCCUUUUUCGAUUAUUUCUGUAUUUUCUUUCGUUUACUUUCGUCCUUCCUUCAGCCAUUCUUUCUUAAUUUUUCUGUUCCAUUUUCUUUCUGUCUUUCUGCUGAAUCAUUUCUUUUCUUUUCUUUGUUUCUUUUUUCAUAUUCUAUUUUUUUUGUCAUUUUUCUUUCUUCUUUCUUUCAUCCCUUGCACAUUGUGUGUUUUUUUUUUCUUUCUUUUCCAUUUCGUACUUUAUGGCUUUAUUUGUUUCUUCGUUUCUUUCUUUCUUUCUUUCGUAUUUUUCAUUUUCUUUCUUUUCUCCAUUCUUUAUUGUUUUUUCUUUCUUUCUUUCGUCAUUCUCCUUUUCUGUCUUUCAUUCUUCCUUUCUUUCGUUCUUUUUUUCGCAUUCUCAAGAGAUUUUUUUCUUUCAUCCUUCUCCUUUCUGUCUUUCAUUCUUUCUUUCUUUUUUCCAUCCUCCAGUGAUUCUUCUUACUUUUCCAUUUAUGACUUUUUUCUUUCUCUCUUUUUUUCCAUUCUCAGCUUUUUCUUUCUUUCUUUCUUUUUCUUUUUUUCUUUCUUUCUUUCUUUUUCUUUUUUUCUUUCUUUCUUUCUUUCUUUUCCACUUAUUGACUCACACAACUAA